CACAUGUACAGAGUGUGGAAAAAGUUUUACACAAAUGCAUUGUCUGAAAACUCAUGAAAGGAUUCACACAGGAGAAAAGCCUUUCACAUGUACAGAGUGUGGAAAAAGUUUUACACAAAUGCAUUGUCUGAAAACUCAUGAAAGGAUUCACACAGGAGAAAACCUUAAACGUCCUUUCACAUGUACAGAGUGUGGAAAAAGUUUUACAGAAAAGAGUGAUCUGAAAUCUCAUGAAAGGAUUCACACAGGAGAAAAAUCUUUCACAUGUACAGAGUGUGGAAAAAGUUUUACACAAAUGAGUAGUCUGAAAACUCAUGAAAUGAUUCACACAGGGGAAAAACCUUUCACAUGUACAGAAUGUCGAAAAUGUUAUACACUAAAGAGUUAUCUGAAAAGUCAUGAAAGGAUUCACACAGGAGAAAAGCCUUUCACAUGUACAGAGUGUGGAAAAAGUUAUACACAAAUGAGUAGUCUGAAAACUCAUGAAAUGAUUCAC